AUGUGCCGGGUCGUCUCGUGGUGCUGGGACGUGGUCAGGUACAGCACGCGGGCCGUUCACAGCAAUGAAGAAUUUGCCGUGUCCAAGCGCGUGCUGGACGUGGGUGACGGCAUUUGUCCUGCGCAUGAUGCGCUCGACAAAGUUGUGCCCACUGUCAACUGGCGAGAUGCCGUUGAUGUUGCAAGUAAGCAAUGUGAUGGACGUGAUGGGUUGGGUGCGGUUUGA